AUGGUUCGUCAAUCUCCUAUAAAGAUAUUAGAGCUUUACCAGCUUGUGCCCAAAUUUGAAGGAAAACGAGCGAACAAUAGUACUCUGAAGACGUACGACAUUCCCCAAGGAGUCGCCAGGUCAACGCUUUAUGACGUCAAGGUGCGCACACCUGGCGGCAUAUGGCGCAACAUCGAGUGUUACAAGCCGCAGGUGGUUGAUACCAACAUCUUCACUGGAGCCACGGCAAAGAAAGACUCGUCCAUGGCAUAUUUCGACUUCAGCGGGCCAGUGGAAGUUUCCGCCACAUACAACAAUGGCUCUGUGAAAACAGCCCAAUUGCGACCAAAGUCACUGGGCAUUAAUCCAGAAAUUUGUGGAGCUAACAUGACCUUCGUACUCCAUGAGCCAAAAAACCUUGUCCUCCAGGUUAAUGACGACAUCUUCGGCGUGCUUAAUUUGUUCACAAACUCCAUUGAAGGCGACGAGCCAACGGCCGAUGAGCCUGACCUUACAUAUUAUGGGCCUGGACUGCAUACCUUGACAAGCCCACUGAACAUUACGUCUGGACACACAACUUAUCUUGCGGGAGGUGCUGUGAUGAGCGUGCCCGGUAUCAACUUCUACGAGGUUGAUGGCGCGACACUCCGCGGACGUGGUGUACUGAUGACGUCUGCCAGCACCGCUAUCUCCAUUACUCGCUCCCAGGAUGUAACAAUCGAUGGGAUAAUUGGGAUUAACGUCUUACCACGGUCCUAUCAGUCCAACGACGUCACAAUUCGCAAUUUCAGGGCCUUUAGCUCAGUUACAUGGGGAGACGGAAUUGAUGUGUUCUGCAGCAAGAACAUCUUUAUUGACAAUGUCUUUCUGCGGACGUCGGACGACAGUAUUGCCAUUUAUAAUCACAGAGACGAGUGGUAUGGCGACAACUCCAAUAUUACUUUGCAAAAUUCGAUCUUGUGGGCUGAUGUGGCGCAUCCCAUCAAUAUGGGCACCCACGGUAAUACUGAGAACCCCGAGACUACCGAUGGGGUUUUUAUUCGCAAUAUCGACAUUCUUGAUCAGCAUGAGAAGCAAAUGGACUACCAAGGGUGCAUUGCAAUCAACCCCGGCGAUAGCAACCUCAUUCAGAAUGUUGUCGUUAAUGAUGUUCGAGUCGAGGACAUUCGGCUGGGUCAGCUCAUUAACUUACGUGUCAUUUUUAACGAGAAGUACAACACAUCUCCCGGCCGGGGCAUUCGAAACGUCAGCAUCAGUAACUUGUCAUAUGAUGGUACUCAUGCUGGUACCUCGAUCAUGCACGGCUACGACAGUGACAGAGCUGUGGAGGGCGUUACAUUCUACAAUCUCACCGUGAACGGCCUGGCAAUCAACGACAAGAUGCAGAAGCCGAGUUGGUAUCGAACGUCCGACUAUAUACCAAUGUAUUUUGGCCCUUUCUCUCGCAAUAUUACCUUCAGCCCAUAG